UGAAACAACUUCAUCAUACUCAAACUACAGAAAUAACUCCUGAUAUAAUGGAAAAUAUUGUAGAAACUGUGUUUAAAGAAUUUGAGGAAAUAUUAAUAGAGAAAGAUGAGGAUAUAGAAAUUUAUAAAAGUAGAGAAUUUAGUGAAAUUGAGUCUGAUGAUAAUGAUAUACAAGAGAUCGAAUAUGAU